AUGGGGAACCGGGGGAUGGAAGACCUUAUUCCUCUGGUGAAUAAAAUGCAAGAUGCUUUUUCGGCCAUCGGUCAAAAUUCUCAGUUGGACCUGCCUCAAAUUGCUGUGGUUGGCGGGCAGAGUGCAGGGAAAAGCUCGGUGUUGGAGAACUUCGUUGGGAAGGAUUUCCUUCCCCGUGGCUCUGGCAUCGUCACCCGCCGUCCCUUGGUCCUGCAGCUGAUCAACUGUCCCACAGAAUAUGCUGAGUUCCUUCACUGUAAGGGGAAGAAGUUUACAGACUUCGACGAGGUUCGGGGGGAGAUCGAGGCGGAGACGGACCGCAUCACUGGGCAGAAUAAGGGCAUCUCCCCUGUGCCAAUCAACCUCAGGGUCUACUCCCCACAUGUCCUGAACCUUACUCUGGUGGACUUGCCGGGCAUGACCAAGGUCCCAGUAGGGGACCAGCCUGUGGACAUUGAGCAGCAGAUCAGAGACAUGUUGUAUCAGUUUGUGACGAAGGACAACUGUCUGCUGCUGGCUGUUUCCCCGGCCAACUCUGAUCUGGCCAACUCAGAUGCCCUAAAGAUUGCCAAAGAAGUCGACCCACAAGGUCAGAGGACCAUUGGUGUGAUCACCAAACUGGAUCUGAUGGACGAGGGGACUGAUGCCCGAGAAAUUCUGGAGAACAAGCUGCUGCCACUGCGAAGAGGUUACAUUGGUGUGGUGAACAGGAGUCAGAAGGACAUUGAUGGGAAGAAGGACAUUACAGCGGCCAUGGCUGCAGAGAGAAAGUUCUUCCUGACCCACCCUGGAUACAGACACCUGGCUGAACGCAUGGGCACCCCCUACCUACAGAAAACACUCAACCAGCAACUGACCAAUCACAUCCGGGACACUCUGCCGGGGCUGCGGGCCAAGCUGCAGAGCCAGCUGCUGUCUAUAGAGAAGGAAGUGGAGGAGUACAAGAACUUCAGACCUGACGACCCCUCCCGCAAGACCAAGGCCCUAUUGCAGAUGGUGCAGCAGUUCUCAGUGGACUUUGAGAAGCGUAUCGAGGGCUCUGGGGACCAGAUCGACACAGCAGAGUUGUCAGGAGGAGCCAGGAUCAACCGCAUCUUCCACGAGCGCUUCCCCUUUGAGCUGGUCAAGAUGGAGUUUAAUGAGAAGGAGCUUCGCAAGGAGAUCAGCUACGCAAUCAAGAACAUCCACGGCAUCAGAACUGGCCUCUUCACUCCGGACAUGGCUUUUGAGACCAUUGUGAAAAGGCAGAUCGGCAAGAUCAAAGAGCCCUGCCAGAAAUGUGUGGAUAUGGUCAUUUCUGAGCUAGUCAAUACCGUUAGGCAGUGUACUCAGAAGCUGGCUCAGUACCCCAUGCUGAGGGAGGAGAUGGAGAAGAUUGUCACCCAGCAUAUCCGAGACCGUGAGAGCCGCACCAAGGACCAGGUGAUGCUGCUGAUUGACAUUGAGCUGGCCUACAUGAACACCAACCAUGAGGACUUCAUUGGCUUUGCCAAUGCCCAGCAGAGGAGCAGCCAGGUGGCCCAGAAGAAGCAAACUGGCAGUAAGGAUGAGAUUAUGGUGAUCAGGAAGGGCUGGCUGACCAUCAACAACAUUGGCAUCAUGAAGGGAGGAGCAAAGGAGUACUGGUUCGUCCUGACUGCUGAGUCCCUGUCCUGGUACAAGGACGAUGAGGAGAAAGAGAAGAAGUACAUGCUCCAGGUGGACAAUCUGAGGCUGAGGGAUGUGGAGAAGAGCUUCAUGUCCAGCAAGCAGAUCUUUGCCCUGUUCAACACGGAGCAAAGAAAUGUAUAUAAGGACUACCGUCAGCUGGAGUUGGCCUGCGAGAGUCAGGAGGAGAUAGAUGGGUGGAAGGCCUCCUUCCUUAGAGCUGGAGUGUAUCCUGAACGUGUCACGGAGAAGGAGGGCAAGAGUGACAGUGGAGACGGAGAGAAUGGCUCAGAUAACUUCAUGCACUCCAUGGACCCCCAGCUGGAGAGGCAGGUGGAGACCAUCCGCAACCUGGUGGACUCCUACAUGGCCAUCGUCAACAAGACCAUCAGGGACCUCAUGCCCAAGACCAUCAUGUACCUCAUGAUCAACAAUACCAAGGAGUUCAUCAACGCAGAGCUGCUGGCCAACCUGUACCACUCUGGGGACCAGAACAGCCUGAUGGAGGAGUCCCAGGAGCAGGCCCAUCACCGCGAUGAGAUGCUCCGCAUGUACCAUGCCCUGAAGGAGGCCCUGAACAUCAUCGGAGACAUCAGCACCACCACCGUCACUACCGCCAUGCCGCCACCCGUAGACGACUCCUGGCUGAGGCCGGGGGGAAACAACUCCGGGGGCAGGUCUCCAGCUGCCAGUCCCACUCCAAACAGAAGGGCUCCCCCAGGUCCUCCUGGUCGCCCUGUUUCCCGUGGCUCAGCCCCUGGCCUCCCUCCUGGUCCCCCUGUCCCCUCUCGCCCGGGGGCCUCCCCGGAUCCUUUUGGUGGGCCACCACCAUCAGUCCCCUCCAGGCCUAACCGUGCACCCCCCGGUGUGCCCAGGUGA